AUGAAUCACGAAGGCUUUCAAUCUCGCCUUGACCAAGUCAAGGAUGUCCUCCAACGAUUCGGGCUGAACGCCAGAGAUAUUAGCCCGAUUGCGUAUGAAGAGGACUGUCCAUUUCCAUACAACAACUUCAUCUACAAGAUCUCCCUCUCGGAGCCUGUCACCGCAGACUCCUUUGCAGCAAAUGCAGCUCCAUGCACCUUCGCUCCCCGCAGCCAGGGCAUAAACGACCUAGUCAUCCGUCUCAGCAACAACAAAGCCGAGGGUCUGAAUCAGGCCAAUCGUGUAGAGAAUGAAGUCGCCUCCCUGUACCUCGCCCGCAAGGGACUGGAGUCAUCACAUAAGCCCGAACUAGCCGAGGUGGUUCCCGCCGUGUUCGCGUGGCAGUCAGCCAAGAGUUCAGACCGGGAGUUGGGUUGGAUCUUGAUGGAGUUUAAACCUGGCGAAUCGCUUGAUGGGCACUUUGCUUCUCUAUCUGAUGUCGAGAAGAAGAGUGCCAUCGACCAGAUUGCCGACGUCUUCUCCGGAAUUCAGACCGCCGCUUUGCCCAGCACGGUUACGUCCUUCGGAGGCCUUACUGUCAACGACAAAGGGGAGAUUAUAAGUGGGCAGAUGACGACUAUAGACUCUGAAGGUGCACCAUGGAGCACUUACAUUGAUUUCUGGAAGGCAAAAUUGGCGUCCCAGCUCAAGGGCGCUGAGGAGAGUCCGGCUUUGAAAGGUUGGGAACCUAACGGUGUGAGAGAGCGGAUAGACAAGUUUCUCGCUUCUGAUCUCGAGGGAUACCUCGUCGAUGCUGGGGUAGACCUGACCAAGCGCGCUCUGAUCCACGGUGACCUAACCCUGAACAACAUACUCUUCGAUAAACAGUCCACCAAACUCACAGCUAUCCUCGACUUCGACUUCUCCACCAUCCUCCACCCCACCCACGAAUUCUUCACAUCCCUCCAAGACCUAGGCGGCAACACCGGCGGCGUCUUCGGCCCGGACCCGACCGCCGGCCUCCUCUCCGACGCCCUGCUCACGGGCGACUUCGACGUCCCCGGCGUCCCCGACGAGGCCGCCGAUCUGUGGACACUCGCACGUACUUGGGACGCGGCGCUGGCUGCGAGGGGCACGCUUAGGCCUAGCAUUAUUGAGGGAAUCGCUGCGUUGGAGGGGCUGAGGAGGUUGGAGGCGGCGUUGUGUCCGUUUCGGUUGGCGCAUCCGAUGUUUCUGAAGAGGAAGACGGGGGAGGAGAUUGAGAAGGAGCGCGCAGUUGCUGAAGAGACUCUGCUCUCCCGUCUUGCUUCGCUGGGGUUCUGA